CUGGGCCUCACCCGCAAUCUCUCCUUGCAGGUGGAGGAUGCUCUGUCCUACCUGGAUCAGGUGAAGAUCCGCUUUGGCAGCGACCCCGCCACUUACAACGGCUUCCUGGAGAUCAUGAAGGAGUUCAAGAGCCAGAGCAUUGACACACCUGGAGUAAUCCGACGCGUUUCACAGCUUUUCCAUGAGCAUCCCGACCUCAUUGUAGGAUUCAACGCUUUCCUCCCUCUGGGCUACAGGAUAGAAAUUCCAAAGAAUGGGAAGUUAAGUAUACAGUCACCUUUGAAUAGUCAGGUGCCCUCAGAGCCGGUCCCCAGCGCUCUCCCUGGCAGCGGGCUCCUGUUGCAUUACUCCCAGGAGAACUCGCACAAUCACAGUGACUGUUCCGAGGAGUUUAGGCAGCAGCUUCCCUACAAAGAAGAUAAAUCCCAGAUUCCUUUGGAGUCCGAUUCUGUCGAGUUCAAUAACGCUAUCAGUUACGUGAAUAAGAUCAAAACGCGUUUCCUUGACCAUCCAGAAAUUUACAGAUCCUUUUUAGAAAUUCUUCAUACUUACCAGAAGGAACAGCUGAACACUAAAGGCCGACCCUUUCGGGGCAUGUCGGAGGAAGAAGUGUUCACUGAAGUAGCAAAUCUGUUCCGGGGACAGGAGGAUCUGCUUUCCGAGUUUGGACAGUUCCUCCCCGAGGCUAAAAGGUCGUUGUUCACAGGAAAUGGACCAUGUGAAGUGAACAGCGUCCAGAAAACUGAGCAUGAGAAGAAUCUGGAACACAGCAAAAAGCGAUCCAGACCGCUGCUGCUGCGUCCUGUUUCUGGCCCAGCAAAGAAGAAAAUGAAGCUGCGAGGUACCAAAGAUCUGUCAGUGGCGACAGUGGGAAAAUACGGAACACUGCAAGAGUUUUCCUUCUUCGACAAGGUGCGUAGAGUGCUAAAGAGUCAGGAAGUCUACGAAAAUUUUCUCCGUUGCAUUGCUCUCUUCAACCAGGAGCUGGUCUCUGGCUCUGAGCUGCUCCAACUAGUGACACCGUUUUUAGGGAAAUUCCCAGAACUCUUUGCACAGUUCAAGUCCUUUCUUGGUGUGAAAGAGCUUUCAUUUGCUUCUCCGCUGAGCGACCGAUCUGGGGAUGGAAUGAGUCGGGAAAUUGAUUAUGCUUCCUGCAAACGCAUCGGGUCGAGUUACCGGGCUCUCCCCAAAACCUACCAGCAGCCCAAGUGCAGUGGCAGAACAGCCAUUUGCAAGGAGGUGUUAAAUGAUACCUGGGUUUCAUUUCCAUCCUGGUCCGAGGACUCCACUUUUGUCAGCUCCAAGAAGACUCCCUAUGAGGAGCAGUUGCACCGCUGUGAAGAUGAGCGGUUUGAGUUGGAUGUUGUCCUGGAGACCAAUUUAGCCACAAUACGUGUGCUGGAGAGCGUGCAGAAAAAGCUGUCACGCCUGACUCAAGAGGAUCAGGAGAAAUUUCGGCUGGAUGAUUGCUUGGGAGGAACAUCAGAAGUGAUCCAGCGUAGAGCCAUCUAUCGCAUCUAUGGCGAUAAAGCACCAGAGAUCAUUGAAAGUCUUAAGAAGAACCCAGUUACUGCAGUUCCUGUUGUUCUUAAGAGGUUGAAAGCAAAAGAGGAGGAGUGGCGGGAGGCCCAGCAGGGCUUCAAUAAAAUUUGGCGGGAGCAGUACGAGAAAGCCUACCUGAAGUCCCUUGACCACCAGGCUGUCAACUUCAAACAGAACGACACCAAAGCUUUGCGCUACGAAAUUGAGAGCGUCUAUGACGAGCAUCAGGAGCAGCAUUCAGAGGGGAGAAGUUCAUCCACAAACGAGCCUCAUCUUAUCUUCAUCUAUGAAGACAAGCAGAUUUUGGAAGAUGCGGCGUCUCUUAUCAGCUAUUAUGUGAAAAGGCAGCCGACCAUCCAAAAGGAGGAUCAAGCAACCAUCCGGCAGAUAGUGCAUCACUUCAUACCGGAGCUGUUUUUCUCUCAGCCCCCUGAGCACAGUAUUUCUGAAGAAUCAACAGAUGAGGACAGAGAAAACCAUCACGGGCAGAACCUGGAUACACCCGAGCUACGGAAAAAACACGUGCCUGGGCCUCCAAACAGUCCUUUGGAGGCAAAAGCCACCUUCUGCGAUGUUACAGCUGCUGAGCCCCACAACACUCUGGAUGACGUUUACAGUCUAUUCUUUGUCAAUAAUAAUUGGUAUUUCUUCCUCCGCCUUCACCAGACUCUGUGCUCAAGGCUCCUAAAGAUUUAUCGUCAGGCUCAGAAGCAGCUUCUAGAAUACCGGACUGAAAAAGAAAGAGAGAAACUCCUUUGCGAGGGAAGAAAAGAAAAAACCAAUGAUCCAGCCAUGGAACUAAGACUGAAGCAGCCAAGUGAGGUGGAGCUGGAGGAGUACUACCCCGCGUUCCUGGACAUGGUGAGGAGUCUGCUGGAUGGGAAUAUUGACCCGACGCAGUACGAGGACACUCUGAGGGAGAUGUUCACUAUCCAUGCCUAUAUUGGCUUUACUAUGGACAAACUGGUGCAGAAUAUUGUCCGCCAGCUUCACCAUCUAGUGAGCGAUGACAUCUGCUUGAAGGUUGUUGAGCUCUACUUGAACGAAAGGAAGCGAGGUGCUGCUGGAGGUAACUUAUCCUCUCGGUGUGUCCGCGCGGCCAAGGAGACCAGCUACCAGUGGAAGGCUGAACGCUGCAUGGCAGACGAGAACUGUUUCAAGGUAAUGUUUCUUCAGAGGAAGGGACAGGUGAUCAUGACCAUUGAGCUUCUGGAUACAGAAGAAACCCAGACAGAAGAUCCUGUGGAGGUGCAGCACCUGGCUAACUACAUGGAGCAGUACGUCGGGGUGGAAGGAGCUCUGAACAACCAGAAUGAUGGCUUCUUACUGAAACCGGUCUUUCUGCAAAGAAACCUCAAAAAGUUUCGCAAGUGGCAAUGUAAGCAAGUGAGAGCUCUGCGCAGCGAAGUGAAGAGCUCCUGGAAGAGGCUGAUUGGGGUGGAAAGUGCCUGCAACGUGGACUGCCGGUUCAAACUCAACACCCACAAAAUGAUGUUCAUCAUGAACUCGGAGGAUUACAUGUACAGGCGGGGAGCUCUCUGCCGAGCCAAGCAGGUCCAGCCCAUGGUGCUGCUCAAGCACCACCAGCAGUUUGAAGAGUGGCACAACAGGUGGCUGGAGGAGAACGUCACCAUGGAGGCAGUGGAUGUGGUUCAAGACUGGCUAAUGGGCGACGAAGACGAGGAGAUGGUGCCCUGUAAAACAACCUGUGAGACGGUGAACGUCCACGGGGUCCCGGUGAACAGAUACAGAGUUCAGUACAGUCGCCGUCCAGCUUCACCGUGAGCAAAGAUUUGUUGCCGGGAGCAAGACACGUCAGAGCGUUGCUGGUGAAGCACAUUUACUCGGAGAAUAGUGGUGGGAAUGCAAUGUAUGUAUUAAUGAUAUUUAUCCAAACAGCAUUUUACUUUGGAUUAUGAUGUAUUUUUCC